AUGUUUUCACAAAGCGGAACCAACACCCCCAUUCCUUCCAACGUCAACGUAGUUCAGUACCACGAACAACUAGGCGAAACUGUCACCUGGGUCAAGGACUGGUACUCCCCAAACUUGACCAGCAACUCUAGCGAAGACGGAAUUUCUGACUCCGUCAGGUUGAAGGGCUGGUUUAGAACCAAUAUGAACCACAAGAAUUCGUCCAGCUUGAGCUACAGCCACCAAGAUGUCUUGGACUUGAACCAGUGGAGAUACCACAAGACCUCUAUCCAUGCUGUCGAGUCCACAAACUCCGUUUCGGACUCGACUGGACUGGUGGACACGAAUGAAGAGAGCCAGGCCAAGGUUUCCAGUAAAGAGUUGGAGUCUGCCAUAAAGUUCUCUGCUGAAGAAGGUCUGAUUUCUGGCUUAGGUUGA